AUGCUACGCGUGGACUACGAUUGGUUGCGGCAUUUGUCACACCCAGCAACAAGCGUAGCCUUCGUGGCCUUGAUCAUCGACUUUCCUGACUCCCGCGUCAACUACGUGGACUCGGAGAGGCUGGAGCUGCACCAUUUCUGCCGAGGCACAGCCUUUCUUGUGGACGAAGUAUCUGUCGGAAUCGGCACGGCAAGGAAGCAGCGCGAGGACUACGACCGGUUGCGGCCACUUUCGUACCCAGCAGAAAGUGUAGUCCCCGUGUCCUUCAGCAUCGACUCUCACGACUCCCGCGGCAACUACACGGAUUCGGAGAGGCUGGAACUGCACCGUUUUUGCCGAGCACAACCUUUCUUGUGGACGAAGCAGCUGUCGGAGUCGAACUACAGUGGCUCGGAGAGGACGAAGCUGUGCUGUUUCUGCCAAGGGACGUCCUUUCAUGUGGAUGAAGUAGCCGUCGGAGACGGAAAGGCAAAAAAGCAGCGCGGGGAGUACGACCUGCUGUGGCCACUGUCGUACCCAGCCAGAGCCGUCGUCAACAUAUCCUUCAGCAUCGGCUUUCCCGAAGCCCGGGAGAACUAA